AUACUGAUUCGAAUCGCAACCAAUCAGAAAGAUGUAAUUUCCUUUUAACCAUUGUUUUCGACCCUGUGAGGUACCGAACUGUACCGUACGUCAAGCGACGAGCGUCCGAACCGAUGCACUUCGAACUAUCUGUUUUUAAUUUUUAUGAAGAUUUUACUAUUUUAUUAUAUUAGUCGGUGGUUCUUGUUUUUCACCCGCCUGAGUGUUUGAAUAUUCUGAUCUGUUGAUUCCUGAAUCGGAAUCAAGAUGUAUACGGGUACUAGUGCUGACCAGGACACUAGAUUCAGUGACAAAGAAAAAAAGCUUUUGAAACAAAUGAAAUUUAGUGAAUCUUUAAACGCUAAGGUUGAUAUGAAUAAAGUAAAGCUAGAUACUAUCAAACCUUGGAUUGGUAAAAGAAUAACAGAAUUGCUAGGAAUGGAAGACGAUGUUGUAGAAGAAUUUGUGAACAAUCAGCUUGAAGCAGAUACUUGGCCUGAUCCAAGAAAAAUGCAAAUAAAUCUCACUGGUUUCUUGAAUGGAAAAAAUGCUCGAGUAUUUAUGACAGACUUGUGGGAAUUACUUUUGUCUGCACAGGAAUCUCCAUCAGGAAUUCCCCCUAAAUUUAUUGAACAAAAAAAGGAAGAAUUAAAAAAGAAAAUGGAAGAUCAAGAGCGAGUAGGAGAUAUGAUUAAGAAGUUUGAAAAAGACAAAGAAGACAGAGAAAAAGAAAGAAAAAAAGAUAGAGAAAGAAGGAAAAGUCGAAGUAGAUCACAUACAAGAGACCGUCGUAGCAGAUCUAGAGAUCGUCAUCGUGAUAAACGUGAUAAAGAAAAGGAAAGAGAUAAAUAUAAAGACCAUGAUUCCGAUAAAGUACGAGAUAAACAUUCAAAAAGAGAUUCUCGUUCAAAGUCAAAAGGCAAAUUUGUGAGUAAUGGACAUACUUCACCAACUAAAAGAGAAAAAAGCCGUAGUUGUUCACCUAAACAUGAUGUUACCUUAACGGAAGAAAAAAAUAUUAACCCAAAAACUUCUGUUUCACCUGCUAAAGAAAAAAUUGUAGAAACAAAUAAUAAACCUAAACCUAAAGAACGGUCAUCAUCUAGGGAUUCUACUAAACGUAGGGAGAAAAAACGGCGUCACUCUUCUUCAUCAAGUCGUAGUUCAUCAUCAUCAUCUAGUUCUUCUUUAAGCCCAGACCGUAAAAAAGAUUUUGAGAUUCAAAAAAAAGAAAACAGUAUCCAAAAAAAAAGACAAUACCGAACUAAUAAAGACGAUUCGUCUGGUAGUGAAUCAGACAAAGAUAAAUCUACAGAUAGAAGAGAUCGUCGUGAUCGUUCAUCUUCUCGAUCAAGGCGUCCAUCUAGGCAUGCUUUCAAUCGUAGCCGCUAUCGUGAAAAAAGUCGUGAUCGUUAUUAUAGAGAUAGAGAAAGGGAAAGGGCAAGAGAAAGAGAACGUAAUCGCCGUGAUCGUGAGCGGGAACGUAGAGAUAGAGAAAGGGCAAUUCGUGAAAGAGAACGUGAACGUGAUAGACGUAGGCAAAGAGAAAGGGAAGAAAGAUCAUCACCUCGUAGAAGGAAAUCUAGAAGUCCUGAAAGAAAAUCUAGAUCAGGCAGCCGACAUACAAGAUCUCGUUCAAAAUCUAAAAGGAGACCAAGUGGAAAAUCGCGUAGCAGGGAACGCAUUGUUAAGGGCUCCAGUAUUGUUUCCCCUACCAAAAAAGAUAACACUUCAAAAUCAAAGGCUCCUCAAGAAAGCUUAUCUAGAACUCCUUCACCUUUCAAGAAAGUGGAUGACAAGGCAGAACGUAAACCAGUAAAAGAUAGAUUGGGUGUUAGGGAUGAUCAACAUUCUAAAUCUCAGCCACAAAGAUCAAAAGGACAAUCUCCUUCAUCAGAAAAGAAAAAUAACACUGAUAAAAAAAAUUCAUCAAGUUCGAGACGAAAAUCAUCAGCAUCUCCUGUUGUUAAAAAGAAAGAAGAAGAAAAAAUUAAAAAACCUAUAAAAAAAUCGGACACUUCUGAUKCCGAAAACCCAAAAGUUAAAAAAAAAGAAGAAUCAAGUUCUUCAUCAGAUGAAUCAUUAAAAAAGACUAAAAAGAAAGUUAAAAGAGAUUCUAGUUCAGACGAUGAUAAAGUUAAAGCUAAGAAACGGAAACUCAAGGAUUCUACUUCAUCUGAAGAUGAUGAUUCUAAGAAAAAAAAGAAACGUAAAAAGAGAUCGUCCAGUUCAAGUUCAGAAGAAAGUGACAGAGAUGACAAAAAAAAGAAAAAAGACAAGAAACAUAAAAAACAUAAGAAGCAUAAGAAACACAAAAAACAUAAGAAACGCAAGACUGAAGAAAGUGGUUCUGAUGCCAAAUCUGGAGAUGAAUCGGAACAACGUUUAAGAGAAAAGGCAUUACGUACCAUGAAAAAGAAAAAUCAAGCUAAACAUGACGAUACUCCUAAUAGUAAUAGCAGUGAAUAACGAGGUCUUAUAGUUAAGAAGAAAUAUAAGUAUGAGUGAAAAUUUUGAAGAGUGGGACAUUGAAGAUUUCUCAAAUAUUUAAAUAAUAAACAAUUAUAACAUAAACGCAAUUAUACUCAUCUUACAAUACAAAUAUUAUGUAUUAUUUUAAAUCUUAAAAAUGUAUUAUAACUUAAAAUACAUUGUUUAAUUUAUUGUUUCAUGUAAGCGAUACAACAUAGUUUACAUUUAGUAAUGUUUUAUUAUUAGCUAUUACAAUUAGAUAAAAAAUAAAUAUGACAUAUUUUUACUUAAAUAGGUAUUUUCAUUUGUUUUGUAUAAUUUCCAACUUCUAUUUUACCCUGAUAAGUUUAAUGUCCCACACACAAUGCAAUUUGAAUUUUAAAAAAAAUAUUCUAUAUUUGUAUAAUUUUUGAGGUGGGUAGACUAUUUUAAUUUAUGGC